UUUUCUUGGAAAGAUAAGGACGAUGACGACAGACGACAGAGGUAGGCCUAGAUUUAUAGCAGUAGCAGGGCCUGAAGCAAUUCUUAAUUACUGAAAUUAUCAGACCUCCUCAGCGUGACUGUAGUCUGAAAAUGUGGAGGCGAGUCAGAACUAGGUCACAAUGUGGGAGUCACAUUAAACAGCCGAUUGUCAUCUCAUUUCUAUAAAUGGCAGUGUACUAGAUAUCUAAGUGUUUAACAUAGCCUAGAUCUAGAUUCUAGAUCUAGAUCUAGAUCUAGAUAUAUAUUCCCUGCAGAAAUAAAGAAAUUUUAAUAUCCUUCUUUUAAUACCAAUUAGCUUUCAAUGUGCACCAAACAUUUUUCAAUUUCAGUGCUUUCUAAUGGAAUGCAUUGUUUUGACUUGUUGAAAAUGUGCCGAAAAUGUAUUAAAUUGUUACUGGGUGCAGGUCAACUAUUCUAGGUCUAGAUAUUAGAUCUAGAUCUAGAUCUAGAAUCUAGAUCUAGAAAAUCUAGUUUAGAUAUAUCUAGAUCUAGCUAGAUUUGCCCAAAAGUCUAAUUCCAACACCAGUGCCCUUAGCAAGAACAACAUUGUAGAGAUCUACAAUUCUAAUCUAGAAUCUAGAUAUAGAUUCUAGAUCUAAAUCUAGAUCUAGAUAUAGAUCUAGAUAUCUAGAUCUAGUUAUUCAGUCAGAUUAGCCUAGAUCUAUAUUAGAUCUCUAGAUCUAGAUCUAGAUAGAUCUAGUUGAAAGUGACCAGUUAGAAAAAUAUUCACAAAGAGACAUUGUUUCUUUUGAUUCAUUGUGUUCAUAUAUAGAUCUAGAUCUAGAUCUAGAUCUAGAGUCUAGGAGCCAGUGUGUGACUUGAGUCACUUGAGAAGGUAUGCAAAAACUUUAAGUGAAAUAUUUAUGGACAUCUCUCAGUAGGCCCUAUUAUGCUUUUGAGUUGAGCAAUAUUUUGCUAAACAAUUUCUGCAAGAUAUCCAAUCCACCACCUGAGAAAGAACCUAAACAGAAAGUCCUAAAGCUGUCUUCAUAAACAAUGACGGCAGCUUUGACCAGUGGUGGACAGUGCCCGAAGUAUGAAUGUGGCAAAAUCUUCCCCUCCCCCGCCAGACCCCCUGACCUCGACCAGACUUUCCUCUCCGGGCGCGACAGUGGAAGAAUGUGACAUCUGCGCCGAGCUGUCAGCGGCGGGGAAGCACUCACAGCCUCCCAAACUGAGUCGCCGAGGGGCGGUGAUGCUGGGCGUCUCUGGCGCCUUUGUCGCUGGCGUCACGGCUGUCAUGGCUCCAUUUGUCUUGCCAGGACUUCGACGGUUUGCCUUGCCUUACAUCCCAGCCUCGUCGGAGCAAGUUUCCAAUGUGUUGAGGGCUUUGAGAGGGAGGACUGGGAGUCUCAUUGACAUUGGCAGUGGAGAUGGUCGGAUUACCAUUGCGGCUGCCGAGCGAGGCUUCCAGGCGUCUGGCGUGGAGCUCAACCGCUGGCUGGUGUGGUAUUCCCGGUGGGUGGCGUGGAGGCAAAACGUCCAUUCAGAGACCAACUUCUUCCGCAGAGAUUUGUGGAAGACGGACUUGUCCUGUUACAAAAACGUUGUCAUCUUCGGAGUUGAGACUAUG